UUCAGUUGUCGUUCAACAGCCGCGAAAUUCACACGCUCAAGACGGAAAAUACAAUUUUCCAAGCGGCGCGCGCAACUCGAAGGCAAAUUCAAAAGUAAAGACGUUAAAAAAUAUUUUGAAAAAUUCAAAAAUACAAAUUUCAAUCAUUUUUUAUCACUCUCAAUGUACAAUGUACAAUGCAAUAGCUAAUCAACUUCAUAUAGUGUAUAUACGUUAAUGUGACGUUUUCUUUGUGAAAAGUGUGCCAAUGAAAAUAAGAAAAGACUUGAGCUGAUUUGUUAUCAAGCGGCUGCAGUUCGUGCCGCUUAAAAGCCAAUUUACGUGGCAGGCAUUUAAUCAAGCCUCGAGCUGGGAGUUGAGAACGCGGCGCAGCUUUGUUGUGUGCCUCUGUGUGUGUGCGUGUGUGUGUGUGCCGCUGAAGGCGAGGCAUGCCUCAAGCAGCAGCAUCCAGUGCUGCCGCCUUUUGUUAGAGGGCCGAGGCACAUUCUCAAAAUUCCCAGUGAAAACAUUGCCAUAAAUUAACAACUAAUUCAAUUAACUGCUGACAACGUCAACGAGCCGAGYCGAGCGGAGCCAAGCCUGCAGCCAGGACGUGCCCCCAGCAGCUCCUCAGCUCCCCAGCUCCCCAACAGCUCCUCAGCUUCCCUAACAACUUGCAUCGCCGAAGGCCGCUUUUCACAUUCCGGGCAUACUUUUUGUUGUAUGCGACGGUUAAGCGAUGGCUGAGCAGAGCACCAGCAACAGCAGCAACAACAACAACAUCAACAGCGGCAGCAGCAGCAGCUCCACUUAUAACAGCGUUGCUGAAAGCGGACCAGAUUUUGAUGCACUGCGUGCGGCCUGCAACGCGCAUUUGAAUAGCAGCCAUCCACUAACAGGUCCACAUUGUGCGGGCACUUUCGAUGGCUGGCUUUGCUGGCCCGACACGCGCGCUGGCGAGUCCGCCUACGAGCUCUGUCCGGGCUUCAUCACCGGCUUUGAUCCGACACGAUAUGCGCACAAGGAGUGCGGUGAUGAUGGUGAAUGGUUCAAGCAUCCAUUGACCAACCGAACCUGGUCGAACUAUACCACCUGCGUGAAUCUGGACGAUUUGGCGCGCAAUCACAAUGUGAACUUAAUCUAUGAGGUGGGCUACAGCAUCUCGCUGCUGGCUAUAUUGCUAUCGUUGGGCAUCCUGAGCUACUUCAAAUCUCUGAAAUGCGCUCGCAUCACGCUUCACAUGAAUCUGUUCAGCUCAUUUGCCGCUAACAGUUCGCUGUGGCUCAUUUGGUAUCUGGUUGUGGUGCCCAACUCGGAGCUGGUGCAGCUCAGUCCGGGCUAUUGUGUGGCUUUGCACAUAAUACUGCACUAUUUUCUGCUGACGAACUAUUCGUGGAUGCUGUGCGAGGGCUUCUACCUGCACACGGUGCUAGUCGCCGCUUUUAUAUCGGAGAAAAAGCUGGUCAAAUGGCUGAUAGCCUUCGGCUGGUGUUCGCCGGCCAUUGUCAUUUGCAUCUAUGGACUGGCACGCGGACUCAGCGGCAGCCGAGAGGAGAAUCUACACUGCUGGAUGACGGACACAGACUAUAACUACAUUCUGAUAGUUCCCGUUUGCAUUUCAAUCUUCCUCAAUUUACUGUUCCUUUGCAACAUUGUGCGCGUCGUCCUGCUCAAGCUGAAUGCCCCCGCCAGCCUGCAGGGCGGCUGUGGACCCUCACGAACCGUACUUCAAGCAUUUCGAGCUACGUUGCUGCUUGUGCCGCUGCUUGGCCUCCAGUAUAUGUUAACGCCGUUUCGUCCUGGCCAAGAGCAUCCCUGGGAGUAUACAUACCAAGUCAUCUCGGCAUUUACGGCCUCAUUUCAAGGCUUGUGCGUGGCAACAUUAUUCUGCUUCUUCAACGGCGAGGUGAUUGCCCAAGUGAAGCGCAAGUGGCGAACGUUCUACUUCAGUAGUCGACCUCGGACCAAUUCCUACACAGCCACUCAGGUCUCGUUCGUGCGCUGCGGUCCGCCAAUGCCUGGCGAGGAGAAGGUAUGACUAAAGGAUCUAUCGUCAUCAGCUAAGCGACGCGCCUCCUCAGCACCCCAUCACCACCAGCAACAGCAACAACAGCAGCAGCAACAGCAACAUGAGCUGCAACAACAACGCUCGCGCAGCCAAAGUAUGGCCCUGACAGGAGCCGGUGGCAGCACGUCCGGUCUUAUCGAUGGUUGGCGUCAGAAACUGCAUUUCCUGCGACGCCCCAACGUAGAUAAUGCACACCAGCGACAGCCGCUUAUGGAGGAAACCGCGGCCAAUACGCAGUUGCAGUUGGCAGCUGGCAAUAUGCAAGUGGAGGUGGCGCUCCAGCCGCAGCUGAUGACGACAAUAGCAGAAGAUGUUGCCGAAGCAGCGGCAGCAGCAGGUGCAACAGCUACAGCAACGGCAACAACGAAUACAGCUGAACAGCGCAAUGGCACAGGUGCAUCUACAGGUGUUGUCAUUGUCAGCGUAGAUGCCAGUGGGCAACAAAAUAUAGCCGAUGAGGCGCUUUAAACUAAACACAAACAAACCCAGUCACAAAAACAAUUCUGUUACAAAAAUCUCUCAUAGUCUAAGCCAAUUUUAAGUAGCUACCGGCCCAAAAAUUAAGUUAAACCAAACAAAAAUGGAAUGCACCCCACCUA